GGAGGCGGAGAGGCUGCAGCCGCCGCAUGGAGGUGCCGCUGCUGCAGCCGCCACCGCCCCGGCACGGGCCGGGGCCGGGGUCGCUGCAGGGAGACGGAGCCGCGGCGGCCGUUCCGGAGCCUGGAGCCCGGGGGCAGCAUCCAGGACACGAGACGGCGGCGCAGCGGUACAGUGCCCGCCUGCUGCAGGCCGGCUACGAGCCUGAGAGCAUGGCGGACUACCUGAUCAGCGGCGGCACCGGCUACGUGCCCGAGGAUGGGCUCACGGCGCAGCAGCUCUUCGCCAUCGCCGACGGCCUCACCUACAAUGAUUUCCUGAUCCUGCCAGGAUUCAUAGACUUCACAGCUGAUGAGGUGGACUUGACUUCAGCCCUAACUCGGAAAAUCACUCUGAAGACACCGCUGAUCUCCUCCCCGAUGGACACUGUAACUGAGGCCGACAUGGCCAUUGCGAUGGCCCUAAUGGGCGGCAUUGGUUUCAUCCACCAUAACUGUACCCCUGAGUUCCAGGCCAAUGAGGUGCGCAAGGUCAAGAAAUUUGAACAGGGCUUUAUCACAGAUCCAGUGGUGUUGAGCCCCUCGCACACAGUGGGUGACGUGCUGGAGGCCAAGAUGCGGCAUGGUUUCUCAGGCAUCCCCAUAACUGAGACAGGCACCAUGGGCAGCAAGCUGGUGGGCAUCGUGACUUCCCGUGACAUAGACUUCCUUGCCGAGAAGGACCAUGCAACCUAUCUCAGUGAGGUGAUGACAAGUAGGAAUGAUUUGGUGGUGGCACCUGCAGGUGUGACAUUGAAAGAAGCCAAUGAAAUCCUGCAGCGCAGCAAGAAAGGAAAGCUGCCCAUCGUUAAUGACAGUGACGAAUUGGUAGCCAUUAUUGCUCGGACUGACCUGAAGAAAAACCGGGAUUAUCCCCUGGCCUCCAAAGAUGCCCAUAAGCAGUUGCUCUGUGGAGCGGCUGUGGGCACCCGGGAGGAUGACAAAUACCGCCUGGACUUGCUUACGCAGGCGGGUGCCGACGUCAUUGUGCUGGACUCAUCUCAAGGGAAUUCGGUGUAUCAGAUUGCUAUGGUGCACUACAUCAAGCAGAAGUACCCCCAACUGCAGGUGAUUGGUGGGAAUGUGGUGACGGCGGCACAGGCCAAGAACCUGAUCGACGCGGGUGUGGAUGGGCUCCGAGUGGGUAUGGGCUGUGGCUCCAUCUGCAUCACCCAGGAAGUGAUGGCAUGUGGCCGGCCUCAGGGCACUGCUGUGUACAAGGUGGCAGAAUACGCCCGUCGCUUUGGAGUCCCCGUCAUUGCCGAUGGUGGGAUUCAGACGGUGGGGCAUGUGGUCAAGGCCCUGGCCCUUGGAGCAUCCACAGUGAUGAUGGGCUCGCUGCUGGCAGCUACCACGGAAGCCCCUGGAGAGUACUUCUUCUCUGAUGGGGUUCGGCUCAAGAAGUACCGGGGCAUGGGUUCCCUGGAUGCUAUGGAAAAGAGCAGUAGCAGCCAGAAGAGAUAUUUCAGUGAGGGGGACAAGGUGAAGGUUGCGCAGGGUGUCUCGGGUUCUAUUCAAGACAAAGGCUCCAUCCAGAAGUUUGUGCCCUACCUCAUCGCUGGCAUCCAGCACGGCUGCCAGGAUAUUGGUGCCCGGAGUCUCUCUGUCCUGCGAUCCAUGAUGUAUUCAGGAGAGCUUAAGUUUGAGAAGCGGACGAUGUCAGCUCAGAUAGAAGGCGGCGUCCAUGGCCUCCAUUCUUACGAGAAGCGGCUGUACUGAGGACAGCAGCGGCGGCCGAGGAGGGGGUGGAGGCGCCCCCCGUGGAGCCCCCUCAGGCGCUGCCUCCCUCCCUAACUGAAUGGCCGGAUUGGCCCCCAUGGAUUUGCACUACGGGUUCCCAGACCCUUGCCCUCCCGGGAGGGGAGCAGGGAGCCGGAGUUGGCCCCUUAGGAGGCUGUGGUCUCUACCCCCCUUAACCUCCCUCCCUUCCCCUCAAGCCAGGACUGCUCUGUCCAGGGGCCUGGAGAAAACUCAAGCCUCCUCUUCUCCCAGGAGCCGCUUGCUCCUCAGGCCCCUGUGAGCCCACCAGCCUGGUUGCCUAGGGCUUGCGCCUGCCUCAGGUUUCUCUUGCUGCACCCUGCUCCUUUUCUCCAAACAUGGGCUGUUCUGAGGCCCUAGCUCUGAGGCGGGGACGGUGGCGGCUCCAGGGAAGGCCCCUACCCCAGCAUUCCUAGCUUCUUGUCCUGUAGGGUGCUUCCCACACCCCUCGCCCCACAGCGAAUGGUGCUCUCCUUGGCCCUGCCUCCCCGUCCCCAUCUCUGUCUAGCUGCAGUCCACUUCCUCAGACUGUAGCUAUUGUGGGCCUCCAGCCCAAGGAGACUCUUUCCUCCUAUACCCUGCCGCCAUGCCCCACCAACCAGAGGGAGGUCUCUGCCCCCUUCCCCUGGUCCCUCAAGCUGCCCACAGGGACUUGGUCUUAAGUCCACCCUCCCCAGAGGUGAUGGGGAGCAGAGACAGCAGAGAGGGAAGGCAGCCCAUUCAGUCUCAUUCCCUUGCUGCUCCAGCCCAUAGCCCCCUCUCCAUCCCCAGCCACGGCUGAAGGCUUUAACUUUGCACACUUUGGGGCCACGAUUGUGUUGUUGUGUAUUAAAUAAGCUGAAUAAAGCAAGCGGGUCUCCAAGGA